AUGAAACGGCGAUGCAUCUGGCGGCAACGAAUGGUCACAUAGAGGUAAUAAAACUUCUGCUUGAGUAUAAUAUUGACGUAAACGUCUGUGAUCGGGAACUUAGAACUCCAUUAAUGUUGGCAGCAGGAGGGGGCCAUUUAGAAGCCACUCGUUUACUGAUUGACAAUGGAGCAGAUGUAUAUAGUUGGGACGAGCACAGUGGUAGCGCUCUAGAUUAUGCCGCUAUAGGAGGCCACACGAAUGUUGUGCAGUUUCUUCUCUCAAAAGGUGGCCCAAGGAUGGCUGAAAUGAGAAACAAUGCUCUGACUCUGGCGUCUAGUCUCGAGUUAAUUAGAUUUCUUGUUGAAGACGGGGCCGACGUAAACGCAAGGCACCGUAGCGGUGAUACACUUUUACAUGAUUCUGCCGCAAAUGGUCAUUGUGAGACAAUCAAUUACCUUUUAGAUCACGGUGCAAACGUUAACGCAGAAAUUGGGAUGACUAAAGGUGAUGCACCAAUUUGGUCUGCUUUGACUUGCGGUCAAGCUGAGGCUGCAAGGAUUUUAAUCCAAAGAGGGUCCAAUCCAGAUUUUCUUGACCACUCCUACCUUUUUAUAGCUGCUCGACAAGGCUUUGUAGAUGUUUUGACCCUCCUUCUUGACCAGGGUUUGCCUGUGGAUGCCCCCGACGUACACUGCAAAGAAACAGCUUUGUUUGCAGCUGCUAGGGAAGGUAACUUUGAAGCAGUCAAAGUUCUUUUGGACCGAGGUGCUGACGUAAAUGGUCGUGUUUGUACCAUGCACGAUGAUGAUGGCACUCGCGACCACGAGGAAGAAGAAAACAAAUAUGAUGACUAUGGCAGCAACAGUGAUUAUGAUUCUGACUCGUAUUGCACGCCUGGUCAUGCCAUAACUCCCUUGUACUGCGCCUUAAAGACAGGAAAUGGAGAAAUUGCUAAGCUUCUGAUAGACAGAGGAGCAGACACUUCCACUCCGGAGAGUGCGUCAAGCUCACUUGUAUCAUACGCUGCCAAGUACAAUUUUAAAAACAUUGUUGACAUACUUGGCGGAAUCAAUCUCUCUGAUGAUAGUAAUGUUUUUCGCGAGAUCGAAGAAGACGAGACCUCACUGAAAUCAAAAGCUCUUAUUGGAGAAGUUGACUCGGUGCGUUCUAUUCUAAAAGCGGGUAUGGAUGUUAAUGUAAAGGACAUCAAUGGGGACACCGUCCUCGCUUGUGUUCUUGAUAGUACAAACAAUUCAUCCCGCACCAUGGAAAUCAUGAAAGUCCUUCUCGAGUUUGGAGCUGAUGUUAAUACCAAGAAUGACAGAUGGGAGACACCUCUUCUCUUAGCUGUUAGAACGAAUUUAGAAAGCGUUGCUGAACUUCUUCUUGAACUAGGAUGCGACGCGAAGGCUAGAGACUUGGACUCGUGUUCUCCUCUUCACCACGCUGCCCAAAAUGACAACGGUAAACUGACAGAGAUGUUACUUCAGUACGGUUCAGAUGCUAGUUUGAAGACUGAUCGAGACGAAAUGACGCCUUUGCACAUGGCCGUGAGGUCAAACAGCUACCACGCUGCAUGCAUCUUGUUAAAGCACGGUUCUGACUUGGAAGUCGCAAAUUCAUCAGGUCGAACGGUCCUAGCUGUAGCAGUAGAGAAUGGUUGUUGUGCCCUAGCUCACGAAUUACUCAGAAGAGGAUGUAAUGUCCACGCAAAGGACAAUGAGGGCAAGACUCCUCUAAUAAUAGCUGUUGAGAAUCUACACAGAAUUUUCGAUGAAGAAAUAAGCGUGGUUAAAAUUCUGCUGGAGCAUGGUUGCUCUGUAAAUGCCGCCGACAGAUAUGGGAGAUCCGCCUUUCACUAUGUUUUCGCAAAGAUAGACAUCGUGAUCGAUGGGCAAGGUCCGCUAGCAUUGUUUCCCGACAGGACAGAGCUUGGUAAUCUACUUUUACACAAUGGUGGAUGGCUUAAUCUCCGGGACAGAAAUGGUGAGACGCCGUUGCAUUUUGCAGCAACAGUGGGCAACACAGCCAAUGUAGAGUGGCUAAUCCAGCAAGGGGCAGACGUGGGAGCAUUAGAUAUGGAGAAUCGCACCCCGCUUUUUGCAGCUGCAUAUGGCGGUUGCAAGGACAACAUUGAGAUGCUGAUUCGACAUGGUGCUGACGUUACGUUAGCGGACAACAUGGGCUGGAUACCUUUGCACUUAUAUGCGUCAAAAGGUAACCAGCGACCAUUCGAUGAUCUUGCUGUAGAGGCUCUGCUGCAUGGAAGUGACAUAAACACCGUUGACAAAAAAGGAAGAAGUGCUCUUCACCUUGCAGCCAAAUACGGAAACGUGCCUAUGAUUGAUCAUCUAAUGCGUCAUGGAUGCAACGUAAAUGUGAAAGACUUUCGAGGAGAGACAGUUCUAGGAACAUUUGACAGAGGCCCUCGAAAUCAUUCAGAUGAGGUCAUUUUGCAAACUUAUCUGAGUAACGGAGGUGAUGUACAUGCUGUUGAUUCGUACGGCCGCACAAUCCUUCACAUUGCCUCAGCUCAUGAUUGUGGAUUGGAGCUCUUGGACAAUCUCUUGAAACAAGGACUAGAUAUCGAGGCAAGGGACAAAACUGGACAAACCCCCCUUCACCGAGCAGCAUCGUCGUCAGAUCCAAGAAACGUUCAGCGACUUGUUGAAAGAGGAGCAGAUCUGCAUGUUGUUGAUAACAGAGGUCAGACACCCCUUUUAGCCAACAUAACUAGUUCUGAAUCCUGGGAAGUCUGUCAUGAGAUUGAUUGUUCUGUUACCAGGGCAUUAUUACAACUUGGAAGCGACGUGAACAAAACGGACAUUAAUGGCAACACGGUUCUUCAUUUUCCUCUCGCUUAUAGAAACUCCGAGGAGGUUCUCGAGCUAAUGGUUGAAAAUUUUGUAAACCUUAAUGCAAUCAACGUUCAUGGCCGAACGCCUCUUCAUCAGGCAAUUCACGAAAGAUGCCCCACACCCCAUGUAGUGGUUCUUUUAAAAUCUGGGGCGAGUGUGCAUUGUCGUGACAAGGAAGGAAACACGCCGCUUCACACAGCACUUGCUCGUGGACCAGGCAUGGAGGGCGUUGCGAAGGUGUUACUUAAGGAACGAAGUGAUGUGAACGCUGUUAACUUGCAAGGAGAAACAUGUCUGCACACAGCAGCCUACUUUUCAUCCCAAGUACUCUUGGAAAAAAUCAUUCGGCGAGGAGGGCAAGUAAAUGCUGCGGACAACCGGGGCCUUACUCCCCUUCAUCUUGCAAGUUUGCAGUCGCACCCUUGGAGGAAGGUAGCCCAUGUGUUUUUAGUCCAUGGAAGUGACCCCGAAGCUGUAGAUCACGAAGGCCGCACCCCUUUGCAUUUAGCUUGCUUUUCGGGGAACAAAAAACCUAUCGCACGGCUACUUCUUGAACAUGGUGCAGAUGUCGAGGCUCUAGACAAUGAAGGAAGUACUACACUUCAUCUUGGUGCAGCUUUCAGUGAUGUUCACAUGGUUUGUCUGCUUUUGGAAAACGGAGCAAAUAUCAACACGUGUGACUCAGAAGGAGGAACCGCACUUCACACAGCUGCUGCUCUUGGUAAGAUGAAAAUCGCGCGAGCCCUGAUUGAUGCAGGAAGUGAUGUCAAUGCGCUUGAUAAUUAUAGUCACUCACCAUUGCAUGUGUCUGCGGGCUCUGGCCACGUGGAUAUAGUACGUCUGUUAGUAGUUAGCGGAGCGGAAGUGAACAUUUUGGACAAAGAUGGGCUUACACCAGCUGGAUGUGCCAGCCUGUUUGCUCAUGAGAACGUGACUGAGUAUCUUAAAGAAAGAGUAGAAGAACACAGCUGCCCGUGA